UCCUAUAAAAAUGGCAGCGUUUUUCUGAAGAUUCAUAAAACCCUCUCUUGUUUACUGCCAAUUUUUGAUCUGUUUCUCCGAAUCAGGAUAAUCGUUCGGAGAGGAAGAGGAAUUAUAAGAAGCAAGGGAAGAAAAAGGAACAACGAUGGCGGAUCAGCUCACCGAUGAACAGAUCUCUGAGUUCAAGGAGGCCUUCAGCUUGUUCGACAAGGAUGGAGACGGUUGUAUCACAACCAAGGAGCUUGGAACUGUUAUGAGAUCACUGGGGCAGAACCCAACCGAAGCAGAGCUCCAAGACAUGAUUAAUGAAGUAGAUGCUGAUGGGAAUGGUACUAUUGACUUUCCUGAGUUUCUAAACCUUAUGGCUAGGAAGAUGAAGGAUACCGACUCUGAGGAGGAGCUAAAAGAGGCAUUUCGGGUUUUUGACAAAGAUCAGAAUGGAUUCAUUUCCGCUGCUGAGCUUCGCCACGUGAUGACCAAUCUCGGGGAGAAGCUUACUGAUGAAGAAGUUGAUGAGAUGAUUCGAGAGGCUGAUGUUGAUGGUGAUGGCCAAAUAAAUUACGAGGAAUUUGUUAAGGUGAUGAUGGCGAAGUGACCCCUCACCAAGCCCUCGAUGAAAAACUAUUGACAUUCAAAGAAAAGACAGAAGAAGGGCUCAGGGUUGACUGCCAUAAUGAUACUCCUAGACCCACUACUUCCUUGUUAAAAUCUUUGUUUGAUGGUUCUGAAUCAAACCUUUGUGACAUGUAGUGCUAAGCUAAUUGUUUUGGUGGAAUGGUGUCUGCAGUUUGUCUUGUAACUGUCUCGUAAGUUAGUUAAUGGUUAUUUCACUUUCAUUUCCGGUC